GCUCGCACACUCCAAUUGUAUUAAUAGCCAGGCACAAAACGUACUACGCACCAGAGCCUCUGAGCGCGCGAAAGUUUGCUUCGGCGCGAUCUUCAACUUGAACUUCUUCGCUUAUAUAGCCCGCAAAGAUGGCCUGGGAAGCCUACAUUACCUCCAACCUGAUGUGCCCGGUGGACUCAGAGGGAAACACUCUGGACAGCGCAGCGAUUCUGGGCCUGGAUGGCAGCUCAGUCUGGGCGAGCAGCGCCGCGUUUCAGGCGCUGAACGAUGAGGAGGCCAGGAAGUUUGUUGCUGCAUUCGAUGACGUCUCCAUUGCUUCGGUGAUGCUUGCGGGUGCCAAGUACCUGAAGACUUCUGCAGACGGGACCAUUUUCCGCGGCCGCAAGGACAAGAGCGGCUUUGUUGCUCGCAAGGGCGCCCAGUGCAUCAUUAUUGGCUUCUACACGGAUCCGCCGGUCUCCGCCCAGACCUGCAACAAGGUGGUGGAGGCUCUGGCUGACUACCUCGCGGACCAGGGGUACUAAACUUGACUUGGUGGGUGCAGUCUGUCGAGGGAUGCAGGAGAGGAGGUUGCACACGUGCACGCGCAGUGUUGGUGGCGUCAAGGGGGGGCCUAGCCGGGGCCCACGAGUACACUGUGCGCUGGCAGUCACGGUUGGUUGGAUGUGUGACGCGGUUGGAUGCGGCCGCGGUUGGAUGCGUGACGCGCAUGCUGGGCACUGUCUUCCCAGAAAAUUGCAUGUUAGGGUAGAGAUAGAGAGGCAUGGAAAGUCUGGCCCUCUGUCUGUGGCAGGCAGGGAGUGGGCAGUAGCAUCGCGGUUAAGUGCCUGCAACUGCAGUACAGCUUUGUGCCGUGUUGUAAAGCCAAUGUGGUAGACAGAACGGAAGACACUCUGGUGGCGGAAUAUUAGGUAGCUGCAAUCCGGCACCGCGAAGGCGGUGGGAGCAAGGUGCAGGAGGUGGCGGGUGCUCACGGCAGCGCGCUCACGAGCGGGGCUGCGUAUUGGUGGCCAAGUGAUGACAUGAUAAACUUUCGAGGCAGUAGGAUUUGAUGGAUGCGUUUGGCCAGGGCCUGCUCGGCAGAGUGUGGGAGUGCCGAGGAGGUUGUAACAGGUCGAGAUGUG